UCUGUCUUUGUCUUUGUCUUUGGAUUUUCACCGAUGCCCGUUUCCGACCAUGGCGGCCAGGUCGCCACGCCGGCCGAGUUUGUGAAAAAGUUUGGCGGUCCGCUCGCACGCACCAUUGACAAAAUCCUCAUUGCGAACAACGGCAUUGCAGCGGUCAAGUGCAUCCGCUCGAUGCGCCGAUGGCUGUACGAGACGUUCGGAAACGACCAUGUGAUCAAGUUCCUGGUCAUGGCGACGCCCGAGGACAUCAAGGCCAACGCAGAGUACAUCAAGAUGGCAGACCAGUACAUCCCCGUGCCAGGCGGCACCAACAACAACAACUACGCCAACGUCGAGCUGAUUGUCGAAAUUGCAGAGCGACACGGUGUGCACGCAGUGUGGGCCGGCUGGGGCCACGCGUCGGAAAACCCAAAGCUGCCCGACGCGCUCGACCGCCUGGGCAUUGCCUUCAUUGGCCCGCCCGGCAGCGCCAUGCGUGCGCUCGGCGACAAGAUUUCGUCGUCCAUUGUGGCACAGUCUGCAGACGUCUCGACCCUGCCCUGGAGCGGCUCGGGGCUGACCAUCCCCUGCCUCACCGAGGAGCAGAUGCGCGCGGGCCACCACCUCACGGUGCCGCACGACAUUUACCUCAAGGGCUGCGUCCAAGACGUGAGCGAUGGUCAGAUCUCGGCCAAGCGCAUUGGCUACCCGAUCAUGAUCAAGGCCGCCGAGGGAGGUGGUGGCAAGGGCAUCCGUCGCGUCGAGCACGCCGACGACUUUGCGCAACUCUUCCGCCAAGUGCAGUCCGAGGUGCCCGGCUCGCCCAUCUUUUUGAUGAAGCUCGCCACCAAGGCCCGCCACCUCGAGGUGCAGCUUCUCGGAGACAAGUAUGGCCAGUGCGUUUCGCUCUUUGGCCGCGACUGCUCCGUCCAGCGCCGCCAUCAAAAGAUUAUCGAAGAGGGCCCGGCCACGAUUGCCAAGCCUGACGUGUUUACAGAGAUGGAGCGCGCAGCUGUGCGCCUCGCCCGCCUGGUGGGCUACGUCUCUACAGGCACGGUCGAGUACCUCUACACGCCCGAGGACGAGUCGUACACCUUCCUCGAGCUCAACCCGCGUCUUCAGGUCGAGCAUCCGUGCACAGAAAUGAUUGCCGACGUCAACCUGCCCGCUGCUCAGCUGCAGAUUGCGAUGGGCAUCCCCCUACACAACAUUAAGGACAUUCGUCUGCUGUACCAGCAAGACCCGGCAUCGCAGGCCCCCAUCGACUUUGCCAACGUCUCGCCGCACCCGCCGAACGGUCACGUUAUUGCCUGCCGCAUCACGGCCGAAAAUCCCGACGAGGGCUUCAAGCCGUCCUCUGGUCUGAUCAAGGAGCUCAACUUUCGCUCGAGCAAGAACGUCUGGGGCUACUUUUCAGUGUCGGCGUCUGGCGGUCUGCACGAGUUUGCCGAUUCGCAGUUUGGCCAUCUCUUUGCCUGGGGCGAAAACCGCGAGGAGGCACGCCGGCACAUGGUUGGUGCGCUCAAGGACAUUUCCAUUCGCGGCGAUUUCCGCACCACGGUCGAGUUUUUGCUCAAGCUGAUCGAGACGGACAACUUCCGUGGCAACUCGUUCGACACUAGCUGGCUCGACUCGCUCAUCAAGAGCAAGGUCACUGCCGAGCGCCCAGACACACUGCUCGCCGUCAUUUGCGGCACCGUGCACAUUGCCGAUGCCUUCUUCCAAGAGCGCAUUGAUUCCUACCGACGAUCGCUGGAGCGUGGCCAGAUUCUCAGUCGCGACUUUUUGAAAAACUCGACCAUUGUCGACAUUAUUUACGACAAUGUCAAGUACCAGAUCGAGGCCGUUCGCUCGGGACCCAACGCCUACGUGCUCGGCACCAACGGCUCGUACGCCGAGGUUGACAUGCACCGACUCUCGGACGGCGGCACGCUGGUCUUGUUUGGCGGCCACUCACACGUCACCUACAUGAAGGAGGAAAAGAGCCGCUAUCGCGUCACGGUCGACUCGAAGACGUGCGUCUUUGAAAAGGAGAACGACCCGUCCUUUUUGCGCACGAGCUCGCCUGGCAAGAUGAUUCGCCACCUCAUCCCCGAGGGCGAGCAUGUCAAUCCCGGCCAGCCAUUCGCCGAGAUUGAGGUCAUGAAGAUGAUCUUGCCCCUCAUUUCGAACGAAGCCGGUCUGCUGCACCACCUCAAGCUUCCCGGCACCGUGCUCGAGGCUGGCGAUGUUGUGGCAACGCUCACCCUGGACGAUCCUUCCCGCGUCCAGCGCGCCAGGCCGUUCGAAGGCACGCUUCCGGCGUCGCAAGACCUCCAAAUCCGCAGCGAGAAAAUCCACCACACCUUCCGCCGCGUCAAGACGGCGCUCGAGAACAACCUGGCUGGCUUCAACUACCCAGACUCGAUCUUCUCUGCCCGUCUCAACCUGCACAUCCGCGAGUACUUCAACGCGUUGCAAGACCCGCGACUCCCCCUGUUUGAGCUGCAAGAAGUGCUGGCUGCUCUCUCGGGACGCAUCCCCGCGCGCAUUGAAGAGCUCAUCAACGGCCUGCUGAUUCAGUACACAAACAGCUUGAACUCAAUGUUUUGCGCCUUCCCCACGCAGCAGAUUGCGAGCGUGAUUGACAUGCACGCUGCGUCGCUGUCCUCGGACGCCGACCGCACGACCUUCUUCACCGUGGUCGAGCCCAUCAUCCAGCACAUUCAGCACUACCGCAACGGCAUCCGCGGCCACUCCAAGGCGGCCGUCGCCAGCCUGCUCCGCGCCUACCUCGAGGUCGAAACAGUCUUCAACAUUGACAAGCCCUACGAAGACAUUGUCUACUUGCUCAAGGAGCAGCACCGCACGGAUGUCAACGCCGUUGUGCGCAUGGUCAUGUCGCACCACCACGUCGAGUCCAAGAACACGCUCAUCCUGUCCAUCUUGAAGAACCUGUCGCACCGAGAGGGCUCCUUCACUGCGGACGACCGCAGCUUGCUCUCAGCCCUCGCGACCCUGAACAAGAAGGAAAACUCCAAGGUUGCGCUGUUUGCGCGCCAAAUCCUCAUCCAGUCGCAGCUGCCCUCGUUCAACCGCCGCCGUCUCGACGUCGAGGUCUUUUUCCAGUCUGCCGUCGAAUCCAUCGGCGAGCAGUGCGCGCAAAAGCUGCAGGAGCUGGUCGACACUGGCUCGUCCAUUUUCGACGUGCUCGUCACCUUCUUUUACCACAACAACCUUGCCAUCCAGCUCGCCGCGCUGGAGGUCUACGUCCGACGCUCGUACACUGCCUACCUCAUUCAAAGCAUUCGUCACGAGCCGAUCGACAGUGGCCGCCGGCACUUGGUGAUGUGGCGGUUUAUUCUGCCGUCGUCGCAUCCCUCGCUCCAGUCGGUGGUCCAGCGCCAGCGCAGCAACUCCAACCCUUCCCGCCCACAGCUCCGCAAGACCAUCAGCACUGGCGAGGGCAUUGGACUUCGUGCCGAUGACACGUCGAGCGAGAUUUCGAUCGCCCGCACGGGCAUUAUGGGCGCCUUUGACACUGUGGCGGACUUUGAGCAGCACAUUGACGAAAUUCUGCAGCGCUUCCCCCGCCGCACAAACCCGCUGACCACGAGCGGCUACCAGCGCGCCUCAUUCACGUCGCUCCCGCAGCUGUCGUCGCAGCACCCGCCCACCCAAGUCAUCGAGUCUGGCUUGACCCCGUCUCCCUCACUGCAGUCGCUCGACACAAUGAAUGCUGCCUACGUGGCUGCUGCCGGCUCAGCGCCGCCGUCGCCGUUCUUUAUGAGCCCCAGCGGCGCCGUCAUGUCGAUGGACAACACUGGCCACGCCAGCGGUACGUCCACCCCGACUUCUUCCGCCUUGGCCGGUGCCACUUCAGUGAAUGCGGCGUCGGCUUCGGCCGCCCCAGCGCUUGCCGAAGCACUCAAAGACGAGCCUGCCAACAUUCUCAACAUUGCCAUCAAGCCUCCGAACGGCAUGGACGAUGCCGAGCAAGACCCGCUCCUCAUCGAGAGCUUCCAAGAAGCGCUGCAGUCGCGCGUCGAGCAGUUGCACGAGUGCGACAUUCGCCGCGUCACCUUCCUCGUGCUGCGCAAGGACGGCUACCCGCGCUUCUUCACCUUCCGCGCAAGCUCCAACUUUAAGGAAGACUCCAUCUACCGCCACAUUGAGCCCGCGCUGGCCUUCCAGCUCGAGCUGUUCAAGCUGUCCAACUAUCGCAUCAAGCUGUGCCCGGCCUCGAACAACCGCCUGCACUUUUACUACUCUGAGGGCAAGGUGCAGGCUGGCCAGCCCGUGGCCGAUCGUCGCUUCUUUGUGCGCGUCAUCAUUCGUCAUGCGGAUUUGAUCUCGAGCAACACGUCGCUCGACUACUUCUUCUCCGAGGGCGAACGCCAGAUGAUUGAGGCAUUGGACGAGAUUGAGCUCAACAUGAGCAACCCGGCGUUCGGCUUGACCGAUUGCAACCACAUUUUCAUGAACUUUGCGCCUGUUGUGCUGCUCGACCCUCUGGCGCUCGUCGAGCCGCUGCGUGACCUCGUCAUCCGUCACGGCAAGCGUCUGUGGAAGCUUCGCGUCAUGCAGGCUGAAAUCAAGAUGAAUGUUCGUCGCCACUCUGGCUCCCCUGUCAGCCCUGUGCGCUACUUUGUGCACAACCACACUGGCUUCUGCCUGACCAUCCACGCCUACCGCGAAGUCGAGGAUCCCCGCACUGGCAAGAUGAUCUUUGAGACGGUUGGCGCGCGUGCUGGCCCGCUGCACGGACACGAAGUCUCGGCCCCUUACCUGACCAAGGACCACCUGCAGCUCAAGCGCUAUGCUGCCCAGUCCAGCGGCUCGACCUACGUGUACGACUUGCCCGAGCUUUUCCGAGAGGCCCUCUGGCAAAUUUGGCAGCAGCACUCGCAAAAGAUGGCCACCGUGUCGCAGCGCGUGGACAUUCCCGAUCCGCUGCUCAACAUGACCGAGCUCAUUCUCGACGAAAACGACAACUUGAUUGCCGUCAACCGUCCGCCAGGCUCGAACAAGAUUGGCAUGGUGGCCUGGCGUCUGGAGGUGUUUACUCCCGAGUGCCCGGAUGGUCGCGAAAUUAUUCUGAUUUCCAACGACAUUACCCACCAAAUUGGCUCGUUCGGCCUCCGCGAAGACACGCUGUUCAAGCGCGCCUCAGAGCUGGCCCGCUCGCUCGGCUUGCCACGCAUUUACGUGUCGGCCAACUCUGGCGCGCGCAUUGGUCUCGCCGAAGAGGUCAAGAAGUGCUUCCGCGCGGCGUGGAUUAGCGACGCGCAUCCCGCCAAGGGCUUUAGGUACCUGUAUGUGACGCCCGACGACUACAAGCAGCUGUCCACGACCCAGUCUGUCAACGCCGAGCUCAUCGAGGAGAAUGGCGAGUCGCGGUACCGUCUGCUCGACAUUAUUGGCGCCCAGGAUGGCCUCGGCGUGGAGAACUUGCGUGGCUCUGGCAUGAUUGCCGGCGAGACGUCGCUGGCCUUUGACGAGACGUACACGCUGACCAUUGUGUCGUGCCGCUCGGUCGGUAUUGGUGCCUACCUCGUCCGUCUGGGCCAGCGCACCAUUCAAGUCGAGUCUUCGCACAUUAUUCUGACUGGCGCGAACGCCCUGAACAAGGUUCUUGGUCGCGAAGUGUACACGAGCAACCAGCAGCUCGGCGGCACGCAAAUCAUGUACUGCAACGGCGUGUCGCACGUUGCUGUCGCCGACGAUUUUGCCGCCGUCCACUCUGGCCUCUCGCUGCUGUCGUAUGUUCCUCGGCGCAAGGGUGCUCCGCUCCCCGUCAUGCGCGCCAUCGACCCCGUCGACCGCAUGAUUGACUACGUCCCGCCAAAAGCCCCAUACGAUCCCCGCUGGAUGCUUGCUGGUCGUCACGAGCCGACCGACCCGUCGACCCCCGCCGCAUCGAACGUUGUGCAGGGUGGGCAUCGUCGCAACAAUUCGCUCGGCAGCUCGAGCUCGAUCAACCCGUCCAACUCGAGCUCCCCACAAGCGUCACCGAUGCCGUUCACCCCCCUCACUCCGGCACACUUGCAGUCGUCGCAAUCGAGCACCAGCAAUGCCGCCAGUGGCCACUCGUCCCAGUCGCACUCGCCCGCAAUGUCCCUCUCGACGCCCUUCUCUGCGCCGCCGCUCAACUUGGGCAAGUGGCAGUCUGGCUUCUUUGAUCACGACUCGUUCAUCGAGACGAUGGGUGGCUGGGCGCAAACGGUCGUCACCGGCCGCGCUCGCCUCGGCGGCAUCCCCGUGGGUGUCAUUGCUGUCGAAACGCGAACGGUGGAGUUGCUCAUCCCGGCCGAUCCUGCCAACCCGGACUCUGAGUCGCAGGUCAUCCAGCAGGCCGGCCAGGUGUGGUUCCCCAACUCUGCCUACAAGACGGCACAAGCCAUCAAGGACUGCGAUCGCGAAGAGCUCCCGCUCUUUGUGUUUGCCAACUGGCGCGGCUUUUCCGGCGGCGCCCGCGACAUGAUGGACCAAGUGCUCAAGUUUGGCGCUUACAUUGUCGACGCUCUGCGCGAGUACAAGCAGCCAGUGCUCGUGUACAUUCCUCCGAACGGCGAGCUGCGCGGAGGCGCGUGGGUCGUCGUGGAUCCGACCAUCAAUCUCGACAUGAUGGAAAUGUACGCCGACGAGACGAGCCGCGGCGGCGUCCUCGAACCGGAGGGCACGGUGGAGAUCAAGUACCGCCGUCGCGACCUCAUCCUGACCAUGGAGCGUCUCGACUCGUUGUACGCAGACCUGUCCGCUCAGCUGAAGGCAGUCGACGGCAAGCUUGCCGUCGAGACGGGCAAGCUCCAAAAGCAGCUCCAGCGUCUCCAGCAGCUGCACGCGUCCCAGCAGCCACUGACGCACCAAGGCAUGAUGCCGCAGGCGCUCGCCACGUCCCAGUCGCUCGAGCAGCCCACAAAGUCGGAGGAGCACCUCCAGCUCGAAGCCGAGCGUGCCACGCUUGCCCAGCGCAUGGCAACGCGCGAGGCCGAGCUGCUGCCCGUGUACCACCAAGUGGCCAUCACGUUUGCCGACUUGCACGACACGCCUGGUCGCAUGAAGGCCAAGGGCACCAUCAGUGAGGUGCUGCAAUGGCGCUCGGCCCGCAAGUUCCUCUACUGGCGUCUGCGCCGUCGUAUCGCCGAGGAGACGCUCCGCAAGAAGAUUAUGCAGGCGAACGGCGAGCUGACUGUGGGCCAAGCCGUGUCGGUCAUGCGCCGCUGGCUGGUCGAAGCCAAGGGCGCGGUCGGUCUCACCUACUGGGACGACAACCGCGCGAUGGCCGAGUGGUUUGAAACGUCGCAGCAGGAGGUCUCCCACAACAUUCAGAUGAUGCGCCAGGCGUACGUGGUCGAGAAGGUCCGCAAGCUCAGCGACGAAGGCCAGGAUGUUGCGCUGACCUCAAUCUUCCACCUCAUCCAUGUUCUCUCGCCCGCCCAACGCGAGGAUGUUGUCAAGAUGCUGCUCAACGCCAACGCCGGCGCCUCGACCGGCUCGGCGUCCGAUUCCAGCAGCGCUGUUUCCCCCGGCGACGUAUGAGUUUUGGUUUUUUCGAGUUUGCUUUUUUUUGUGAGCGUGUGUGUUUGUGUUUUUGGAGGCUGUUGUUUGGUCUGUGUGUGUUUUGUAUGUGUGCAUGGGGCAUGUUCUAAUCGCAAAGUGUGCAUUUUUCCCGCUG